AACAUGAAGGGGACAGUUUAAAGUUGUGUGACAAUGCAAGACAGUUCACCAGACUUGAGCCUUAAGUUGAGGCGUGGCUCUAGUGACUCAAGAGACUCUUUUUAUAUGGACUUUGCCCAAGGAAUUGACUCGGAUAUUGAGGAAGUAGCUACCACGUCCGGUGCAGUUGCACAAGAAUGUACCACUGAUGAUGCCUCAACACCCACUGCCACAACUGUCAAGGAUGAUACUCCUUGUUGGGUCGGCCCGUCUGCCGAGCCGAACCUACUACCAUCCCCUGCCUCGCCCAGUGCUGUGAUAGUUAGCCCAGAGACCCUGUCUCAUCAUUCAUCUCCCGUCAGAGCACCCCCCAAUGGCCGCACUUCCAGGGCUACCACUUCCACCUCUAGGGGUGGCCACCCUCUUUCCACAUCUCUUUCGGGACUGCCACCACCAGGGUGUGUCAUGUAUCCCCCCAUCAUUUACCGUGCUGCUUUACCAAAUAUCAAGAGGCCAUCUCGAAUUGAACAAUUACAGGUCAACUGGAGAAAAAUGGGGGCUCAAGCUUUGGCCACCACCUUGUCUGCACUGUAUGGGAAGUUGCUAGUCGUCAUGGGGAUUGCCUUUCCAAUGGCAGAAGUCAUUUCAACCCACAUACCCACUUCAGUCUACGAGGGGUUUUACUUGUACCUCUACUUUGGCAGCAUGGCCUUCCUCUUCUAUAUGUAUGCGAUGUUGUGUAAAGACGAUCCAAAAUCAAAGAGUAACAGCAACAGUGACUCAAUGAAGAGGGACAGAGAUACAAGUAACUCGUCGGAGGAGAGUGAUGAGUGUGAGAGUGGUCGAGAGACUCAUCAAAACUACGUCACAGACACGGAGAUGAGUACAGUGACCGAUCACUACUACAGAGGUCACACACUCUCCAAGAACUCUGUUCCAUUCCAGCACUAUGGGAGCUUCUACCUGCGCAUGGGUGCUGUGGCUUUCGGAAUCGGCAGUAUGAUUUACUCUGGACUGGAGUUCGGCCAGUAUUUUGAGCUGGAGAGAGACACCAAGUGCCACAACGUGCUGCUGGCGCUGACUCCUGCCACUAGAAUGGCUUUCAUCUUUAUACAGAUGUACUUCAUUUUUUUAAAUGAUGAGCAACAAAUGAGGGUGACACGACACAAGGUUCUGGCAAGGUUCGGUUUGAUGCACAUGAUCGGCACCAACUUGUCUGUCUGGCUGAAUGUUCUGGUGCAGGAGACCAAACACGAAAUCCUCACAUUCUACAACCCUGAGAACAACACCAUAGAGUUUAACCACCGCUCAAAAUCACACUCAUCGCACGAGAAUGUACUUGCAUUCAACAGUCCAGCAGAGGCGCUGGCUCUAACUCACCAAAGGGUGACUCGGGGUCUCAAGUCUCCACAUCACAUAUACGAGUGCCGACGCACCAACAUCAUCGGCUCCCUGGUGCAGGAUGCCAGUCCCUUCCUCUUCCCAUGUACCAUCGAGUACAGUCUCAUCUGUGCCGCAAUCCUCUACGUCAUGUGGAAGAACAUCAGUCGCCUCCCCCACCAACUCAGUCAGCCCGCCUCCGAGCAGGUGGACAAGGUUCCUCCCCUCCACUACAAGCGCUCCCCCCACCACUACUCUGUCGAUUGUGCUCAGGCUCACAAAGGCCUCUUUGUCGGCAUCCUUGUUCUCGUUCUGACCAUCAUAUCUCUGAUUCUGUUCUUUGUUCUGAUCUCCCGGCCGGAACUCGUCAAGUUCGCAGUGAUGGAACUCACCAUCUGUGAACUGUCACUGUACGGCAUGACGACUAUCGCCACACUCGUUGGGAUGCUCCAGGUGAGACAGUUGAAGUAUGAUGGCUGUCGAAACUUGGAGCUGGACAACAUCCUACUGAUCGGAGCCCAGACGGGAAUGUUCAUCUACAGCACCUUCACUAUCAUCGGAGGCCAUUUCACCAUAGAGGAGAACACUGCCCUAGUUCUAGCCACCGCACUCGCCUCCCUGCUGCAGACUCUCUGUCAGACCAUGUUCGUCCUGGACGCUUCUCGCAGGUCCUGUGUAACUCCAGAACAGAUCCGGCGCAAGCCUGGACGAGAGAUAGUGACAUUCCUUCUGGUGACUAACUUGGCGAUGUGGGCGAUCAACACUCUAGAGAAGUCAAGAGCCGAGAGUCACCCGAUACAGCUGCACUUCUACGGUCUGUGGGCUUGGACCAUCAUCACCCACGUGUCCAUGCCCCUCGCCAUCUUCUACCGCUUCCACUCCACCGUCUGUCUCUGUGAGAUAUGGAAGCGGGCUUACAAGAUAAAGCCGGUCUACAUGUAGGGACAGCUGGGUCAUCCAGUUUGGUCUCUAACUGGGUGCGGCUAAGUAUCUGUUCCGUAGCAUUAUACGCACAAGUGUGGUGCUAACGAAGGGUAUCUGACUACCUACUCAUCGCUGUUCACUAAUGUAAUCAGCACUGUAAACUAUGGUUGUAGACGAUAUGUCGACAUAUCUUGUCCUAAGCUUUAGUUAUGUUGUAUAAAUGAGUUGGAGGUUAAAAAUAGCAAUACUUGCCUUACCUGAAUUGAUCAAAUUUACAAGUUCUGCCGAGCGACUUUUUUUCACAUUUAUUAAUAAUAGUUGAAACCGUUUUUAUGAAUCACGUUAAGCUAGUUCUUGUUAAAGCCUACACUAUACAAGCUCUGUUCAUAAAUAAUCGAACCUGUUUCAUAUUAGGUAGAUUUCAUAGAAAUCUACCUAUUUUUAUUUUACAAUCUUUGAUUGAUUUCCAUUAAAGUAAUCUAUUUACAGUUGACAUCGAACUCAAUUACACACGGUGUCCCGUAACUCUCUGGCCAAAGGAAUACCACAUUGCUCAGGGCAAGACAAACAUAUUUCACCAUAUCAACAUGGGUCUCUGAUGCUUAGUUUCCCAUCUGUCCGUCUGUAUGUGCUUUCUAUAAA